AUGGCACCAGUAAUAUGGGGACUCGACUUGAAAGACAUUCAUUGGAAGAAGUUUGGGAGCGACUAUAUGUGGAAGAAUAAGGACUAUCAUAUGAGACGGACCAAAUUUAUCAUCUAUCAGCUCGCCAUGAUAUGCAUGGUUGUAUCCGAAUCAAUAGGCACCGCCGCCUUGACUGACUAUGUGAAGCAACAGUCGAGGAUUGAGAGUUUACACUCCUCAGCAUCCGUUCACAACGACGACUUCGUCGGCAUCGCCUCAUACAAUAUCUUUUGCGGUAUCGCCGUCGCCACCGUCUUUGGCGCCGGGUUCUUCUUCGAUCUCUUCUUCCCCGAGCGCUUUGAACCCAAGAACAUUCGAUGGGCUUGGAGACUCAGUGCAGUCUUCGUGACGUUGUGCACGAUUGCCGAUGCCCUCGCCUUCACGGUCAUCGUGGCAACCGGCAACUCGUGGAUUUCGGCCGACUCACAAGAUGCGGAAGAGAUUGCUCGCGAGAGGAUCAAUCCUCCGUUGGUCUACCGACACAAUGGUAGAGCCAUCGCCUCUACCGUGUUCCUGUGGCUUGGCCUAUGUGCAACAGUAGCUAGUUGCAUCAUCAUGUGGCUCUACUACCAGCAUCUCGACACCUAUGGUCCAAAGUCCCACACGGCUCGCAUGCGGGAUGAGGUGGACAAGACCAUCUUGAUUAAUGAGCGUGCUCGUACUGGCAUGAGCUCCCGAGAGCAAAUGGCUUUCACCUCAAAGUAUGCACUUGUGAAUCCAAGCUAG